AUUGUGCCAGUCCACGGCAGUUACGUGUUUCGCAAAAGCGCUCCCUUUCUGUUGGCAGUUUUAACGCGACUGGUGACGGGGAGUGUCAGACCUCAAGAGCAUCUGGACCCUCGACGGUAGGGCUCUGAAGAGGCCGUAGUGAAGAUUCAUUCGUCUCGAUUCUUACGGCGGUCAUCCUGGAUGGGAGUCGUUGGUUAUUAUGCAGCGGAAGCAGAGAUCGAGCUACAAAAUCGCAUCAUAGCGGCAUCACUAAAUCUGUUUUUGUAAGAGCGAGUGGCUGAGAAAGCACUGAAGUAGUUGUGUGGAGAUGCUCGGUCCCGGUCGUGAGAGGGCUGGUGGAAGGGCGGACAUCGAUGUUUUAUGACGUGACAGACAUGGUAAGUCUAAGUGGAGAUCAUAACGCCGAGGCUGCCAAAUUUGAAGACGUCCGCACUUGUUUGAUACUACUUCUAGCGGCCCGGUAGGGAAAGAACAGAGUCAGAGUAAAGCUGCAUGUCAGCAAUGGACCACAACAAGAUGACAGGUUCAGUUCUCGAUCUUCCGGGAUCUGCGUCUCCGUGUGUGCGAGUGGAAAUCGUGCGGAUUGUCCUGGAGCAAGUGCUUUUUCUCCGACAGCAAAUUCCGGUUCCGGUGCAGCAGCUGCGGAUGCAUCUUGAGGCAGUAGCGGAAACUGACUGCAGCUUGUCUACCGCAGAGCCAGUGGCGAUGGAAGUGGACCAAGAAUCUCUGGCACCUGCGUCCCCGCCAAUGGCUGAAUCUCACCUCACCAAUUCCGUUAUGCCAGGCACUGGAGUCGACGUGGAACAGGCCCCGCCCGGUCGGAUGAAUUCAAUUAGCUGCGUGGGUAGCAAGCGGAAGGCACUCGCAGUUCUUGAGGAAGAUGAUAGGAUAAGCGGAGCGGCGCACCUGCAGCGAAGUGAAGGCGACGACAGCAGAAUGGGGUCUGUUACUGUUUCUUCCUCAAACUUCGAGAAGAGGCGCGUCUGUGAUCUCUCCGGGUCCUUGCCGGCACACACCCUGAACAGAAGCGUCGAAGCACUCGGAAAAAUUGACUUUGUAGCAGCAAAACUGCAGGAGAUGGUGUCGGCAUUGCAGCAUGAGCAUCGGUUCGUGGUCCACUCAGUUCUCUUCCUAAUUGGAGGGAGCGCUCCGCUAUUCCCCGGGGAGGUGUUCGAGGUGCAGUUGGAACCACUCGACAACAGCGGCGAGCCUCAACCUACGCUUGAUCAAGACGAAAUCACAGGAACGCGAGUUGAAGACAAGCAGAGCAAGAACGUCGAUCGUUUACUCAGACAGGUUGCGCGUAAAAUCGUGCCGGAGCCGCGACUUUCAGCAUUUCCAAUGCCGAAUGGCUCUCAGGUUCAUGUCGCAAUCGCGUUGCGGCGCGGCCCCGGUUCGCAGGUAGUAACUCAAUCGCGUAGCCAAAUGGUGUUUCCACCGCGUAUCGACGGAUUUGUGACGCGCCCACAGGCAUCUUACGAGACGUACAAGCGCGACUUGGUGCUUCGUCUUGGUAGUUCCACGGAAGGACAAGUAAAAGUAAACCCUGAAGGAAUAGAUGCUCAAGUCAGACCAGAUGAAGAAUCGGUUUCAACCGAAAAAAUUAUGAGAAACACCCUGACUCUUCUUUUUGUCGAACAAAGUAUUCCAGCGGUAUCCGCAUAA